UGAAUUUCAUUUUGUUGUUGCAAACAGGGCAUCUUUUUUUCUUUGCCAAUAGCCUCUCCUCCUGGAGCCAUCCUAUCAACUGUUUACGUCCUUGCGCUGUCCUCUCAUGUAAUCUUCUUAUCAAAGUCAUAUUACGCUUUCCAGAGUAGUCUGUCUCAAACUGCACAGGCUAGCAUCUCCGAGGAAAUUGCGCUUUUCGCGGGCAUUCAACGGAGCAUACGUAAUGACGCAUGAUACGUAGCACUCGGAAUAACGCGAGGAGGCAGGGGGAGAAAAACUAGGAUGCAAGUUGGAGUCGGACCACCACCCACGGAUCUUCUGCAAUACAUCCACCUUGUCAUGCCGACCACACACAAAACCAAAAGAAAGCAGCACACCACACCAGAGGAGAACCCUGCAAUGUUGUCUGACAAUGGUGUUGAAGAGAGUCAACAAAAUGCUCCAACAAAAGCACCAACAAAGGCACCUACCAUGGCAAAGUUAAAGGAUGACUUUCAAAAAUUAAAAGGGGAGAACCAGCUACUGAAGGAAGAAAUCCGUCUCUUGAAAGAGGAGAACCGAUUGCUAAAAGAGCAGCGUGACUUCAACCGAGAGAAGGCUGUCCACACAGAGGUCGGCCACACAACAUCAAAAGGGCAACGCAAAAUGAGAAAUGGGGUUUCCUCUGACUCUUCUGACUCAGAUGACCCCUAUGAGGAUCGGAAGAGGAAGUGUAAGAAGAAACACAAAAAACAUGGGUCUUCAGACUCCUCUGAUGAUGACUGGAAGAAGAGCAAAUCCAAAAAAUCCUCAUCAUUUGGAAAGAGAGUUCUGAGCCCAGAAGAUGUUGUCCACCGCUACAAAGUGGUCCUAAAAGUCUUCAGGCGAAACCGCAGCAUGACCAACACCUGUGAAGAACUCGGAGUGGACAGGAAUACCAUUGCAGGGACUGCGGUCAUUGCAGAUGUCAUGAUAGCCACAGAGGGCGCAGACUUUGGGGAGAUGCCCCUCUUUAAAGAAAAACAGACUUUAGCGAACUACGCAAAAUUAUGCAAGGCAUUUGUAGAUGCCAAUAAACCCCUGCAGGAAAAAAUUGAAAAAAUGAGGAAGGCCACAGAGUUGCUCCCUAUCAAAUACAAAAUGCCAAAGUGAGGGAUCAAGCUCUAAAAUGCAGUACUUUCAAUGUCAUUAAAAAAAAUUGCAUUUAUUUGAAUGUAUUACUGCACUGUCUUUUUGUUUUAUCUGGUGGGGAUUCAGCCAAAUUUCUUGUAUUUCUUUCUUUGCCCCUAGAGUUUGAUAUCGUUCAAUAACCGCUGACUAGCCACUCACUGCCAUUUCCACUAGGGUGUUGUCAGCCUUACUCGUUUUAUUUUGUAGUAGGCGUUGUCAGUUUGCACUUUGGAUCAGCAAAGUUUUAUUUUGUUACGAUUAUUUCUACCUCUUCUGACCGGACACUUUUUUGUUGUUAAAUUACAUGCCCUACUUGUUUUGAAAUAUAAGUACACUUGAAAGCUAUGCCACUGUUUUACACUUUAAGAGUAUUGAAGUUCCUCUCUUCAAGUUCACUGUUUUGCAGAUUAAGAGGAUUAAAGUUAGUCUCUUUGACAGUU